CGAUCAUCCAAUGGGCCAGUGGUGGCAGGUGCUACAAGCAGCUGAACGCCGAGCAACGGUUCGUCAUGAGCCUCUUCUCCCGUAUGCACGUAGUACCGUCAUACAGCAGCUGCACCAGAUCGUUUCACACGGCAGCCACACGGUGGAGUAAACAACCGCCCGAUCCGCGCAACAGUGACCCAAAUCGAGGCAAAAAGAACGAAGAGGACGAGAAAGAAAAGAUGAUGUCGGUGGUCACGAAAACGCUGAUCUGGAUGAUUACCAUCUACAUGUUGGUUGGGUUUCUCUCGAUGGUAAUACCGUCCAAAAAUCGACCCGAGUCGGCGACCCGCUACGUUAGCUGGCACGAGUUUGUGCACCACAUGUUGGCGGUGGGCGAAGUGAAGGAGGUGGUGGUACACCCGGACAUGGAGAUGGUGACCAUCAUCUUGCACGAUGGUGCGGUGGUGAAAGGGCGGCGGGUGCAGUCAACCAUUUUCCACAUGGCGGUGGCAGACGUGAACAAGUUCGAAGAAAAGCUGCGCCUGGUGGAGGAGCGCUUGGGCGUCGCGGAGGGUGUGGCGGUGCUAUUCGAACGCAGCGGAGAUGUCAGCGGUCGCAUCCUGUUCACACUGUUCGCGACGGGCAUCAUCAUCGCGCUGCUGAGCCGCAUCCGGGGCGGCCGCGGGCCAAUAUCGAUGGACAGCUUCACGCAGAUGGGUCGCGCCAAGUUCACGCUCGUCGACCCAGUUGAGGGCGGGCGCGGCGUGUGGUUUAAAGACGUGGCGGGACUGCAGGAAGCGAAGCAGGAGGUGAUGGAGUUUGUCGAUUAUCUCAAGUCCCCCGAACGGUACCAGAGAUUGGGAGCGAAGGUUCCGAGGGGAGCCUUGCUGCUCGGUCCGCCAGGUUGUGGAAAAACGUUGCUCGCGAAAGCAGUGGCUACCGAGGCGGAGGUACCAUUCCUUAGCAUGAACGGGUCGGAAUUUAUUGAGAUGAUCGGAGGCUUGGGAGCUGCACGGGUGCGGGACCUGUUUAAGGAGGCAAAAAAACGGUCGCCUUGCAUCAUCUACGUGGACGAGAUUGACGCGAUUGGUCGCCAACGGGAGGGUACAGGGGGAGGCAUGGCGAGUCAAACGAGUUCGGGUGAGUCAGAGCAAACACUAAACCAGCUACUGGUAGAGAUGGACGGCAUGGCUAGCAAAGAGGGUGUCCUGAUGCUGGCGAGUACCAAUCGUGCCGAUAUUCUCGACAAGGCGCUACUACGGCCUGGACGCUUCGAUCGACACAUUUUAAUCGACUUGCCUAACCUAGCCGAGCGAAAGGAGAUCUUUGAGAAGCAUCUAUCGGUGAUUGCGCUUGAAGAAAAGCCGUCGAAUUACUCGAGCCGGAUGGCGACUCUAACGCCUGGGUUUUCCGGCGCCGAUAUUGCCAAUGUUUGCAACGAGGCCGCUUUGCAUGCGGCUCGCACCAACCAGCGCUCGGUGACGACGAACAAUCUAGAGUACGCAGUGGAGCGGCUGGUGGGUGGCACCGAGAAACGAUCCCAUGCCCUGUCACCGACCGAACGGCGCGUGAUUGCGUUCCACGAGUCGGGCCACGCGCUAGUUGGCUGGCUGCUGCCGAACUCAGAUGUUCUCCUCAAGGUGACAAUCGUCCCCCGUACAAGUCUAGCCCUUGGCUUCGCCCAAUACACCCCGAAGGAGCAAAAACUGUACAGCCGGGAGCAGUUGUUCGACAAAAUGUGCAUGGCACUGGGUGGCCGUGCAGCAGAAAGCCUUAUCUUCAACCGAAUCACCACGGGCGCACAGAACGACCUCGAAAAAGUGACGAAAAUUGCAUACGCCCAGAUCAAACAUUUCGGCAUGAACCCUACGGUGGGUCCUAUUGCAUUUCCUGAAGAGCGUGAUUCGGACCCAUUCACUGGAAAACCAUAUUCGAAAAGCUUGGACAACCUGAUUGACUUCGAGGCACGGAAAAUGAUUACCCAGGCAUACGAUCGGACCGAGCAGAUUUUGCGUGACAACGUCGAUAAGCUCAACAUACUGGCUGAAGCACUGUUGAAGCAGGAAACACUGAACUACAACCAGGUGGUCGAACUGAUUGGGCCACCGCGAUACGACGACACCAUACGCAAAAUUGAACCUAUCGAGUUUGAGGAUGGUUUGAAAAAGUUGGCCGGCACUGGACCCGGGGAGAAGUGAGCAAAAUGCGUGAUGCGAUCGAAUGAGAGUAGUGUUUUUAUUUAAUUUAUAUAAACUAAUUUCAAACAUUUUCGGAGUACCUGUUACCGGCAAUGAAUAAACAAAAAAAUAGGUAUUGUACAUGGUUAAGG